AUGAAUUCUAUUCUCUUCAGUGUUUUUAUACUCAGUUUUCUCACUUCACAUAUUAAUGGUCAACAGAUCUAUACAGCAGACAGUUGUGACGACUCUCCAGGCUUCCUUUACACCUGCACUGCCCAAAACCAAUCCUGCCAAGCCUUCCUCAUCUUCCUAUCUCAACCUCCUUAUAACUCAGUUGACACCAUUUCAAGCCUCACAUCUUCAGUCCCAGAAGAGCUUGCUAGAAUCAACAACGUCUCAAGGCAAGCAGUGUUCCCAACAAACAAAGAGGUGAUUGUUCCUGUGAAGUGUUCUUGUGAAGGUCAGUCCUACUACUGGUCCAAAACCACAUAUAAAAUCUUAAACAAUGAAACAUAUUUUUUUGUAGCAAAAAACAUAUACCAGGGAUUAUCAACUUGUAAUGCUCUUAAGCGUGUGAAUCCAUAUAGUGAAUACCAUUUACACCCUGGUCUGGAAUUGCAAGUGGCACUUAGAUGUGCUUGUCCUACAAGAAAUGGCACAAGGUAUUUGCUAACUUACUUGGUCGACUGGGAUGAUCAUGUUCCUGAUAUUGCUGGGAGAUUUAAUGUAAGCGUGAGAAGUAUAGUUGAUGCAAAUGGGUUUUUAGAAGAAAAUCCAGAUAUUGUUUCUUCUACAACAAUUCUAAUUCCUCUGCUAACUGAACCUUCAAGCUCACAAACCAUAACUCGCCAUCAAGAACCUGCUUUUAAUCCCAAAAAAUCGAAGGGAAAACUCUAUGUAGGUCUUGCAACAGGUUGCUUUUUGCUAGUCAUCGGCGUCAUUCUAUCGGCUCUCUGUCUGUUUUAUAAGAAGAGACUUGGGGGUUCCCGGCGAGGGGAUGGCAAAGGGAAAACGGAGAAGGAAUCAAGUGAAGAUCUCCGUGUAGAAAUUGCCAACUGUGAGCAAGUUUUGGAAGUGUUCCAAUUUGAGGAGAUAAAGAAAGCCACAGAAAAUUUCAGUACCAAUAAUAGACUAAGGAGCUCCGUGUAUCGUGGGGAGUUUGGUGGGAAGACCUUGGCUGUUAAGAAAGUGAGUAGAGAUGCAUCCAAGGAAGUGAACAUGCUGCAGAAGAUCAAACACUUUAAUUUGAUAAAGCUUGAGGGUGUUUGUGAAAAGUAUGGCUGUUUGUAUCUUCUUUUUGAGUAUAUGGAAAAUGGAUCUCUAAGAGAAUGGCUAAGGGGAAACACCUCCAAGAAUAGAGAAAGUUGGACUAAGAGAAUUCAGAUUGCUGUGGAUGUUGCAAAUGGACUUCACUAUCUUCACAACUUUACUGAACCUCCCUACAUUCACAUGGACAUCAACAGCAGCAAUAUUCUAUUAAACAGCGAGCUGAGGGCCAAGAUAGGGAAUUUCAGACUUGCAAGAACAGUAGAGAGGGAAAGUGGCAAUGCUGUGACAGUACAUGUUGAGGGGACUAGGGGUUAUAUGGCGCCGGAGUAUAAAAGGGCAGGGCUGGUGACUCCCAAGAUGGAUGUCUAUGCUUUUGGUGUGAUAAUGCUGGAACUGAUCACAGGGAAAGGGGCUAUUAUUGUACAUGAUGAAAGAGAAGUAGAACUUUCAGCUGCAAUAGUAUCCAUCAUCGAAGGAAAGAACCCAAAAGCUAAGCUCAGUUUGUUUGUCGAUCCAACUCUGAAAGAAAAUGAAGGGGCUGAAUUUGCUCUGCAGAUGGCUGAACUAAGUGUAGCCUGCUUGACACAAGAACCAGCAAGGAGACCAAGGAUGUGGGAGGUUGUGUCCACUCUGCUGCAAAUUCAGGCGGAUUUUGAUGGAACAGAAGCUUUUCAUGUUGACUUCAUUACAUCUCAGAACAGCUGA